AUGGCUCCGAAAGAAGGCAAUGCGAAGGGUGCCAUCUCUACCGAUGCUUUUCUGGCUCUAUGCAUCAAACAUGGGAAAGAGAAGCUCAGUGUCAACUUCGACACUCUCGCCAAAGAAGCUGGCUUGAGUGCAGGCGGGGCAGCAAAUAAAUUCCGCAAUAUCAUGAAUCAAUUCGAGAAAGGUGGUGCUGCUUGGGCGAACAAGGAUGCUAAAGGUGAUACAGCAACUAGCCCAGCAAAAGCAAAGAGCACCGGAGGUACCAAGCGCAAGCCCGCAGCGAAGAAAGCAACCAGUGACGAUGGUGCUGUUGCAACCAACAGUGCUGAUGACGAUAUCGCCAAACACCCAGAGCCUGCAAAGAAGAGACCAGGGGGCAGAACGGCAGAGGCCAAAGCUACCACGACUACUGCUGAUGGAGGUGCUGUCAAGAAGAGAGCUAGGAAGACGGCUCCUAAGGUCAAAGCAGGAGAGACAGAGCAGCAAGGCAAAGAAGAAUUCAACGACGAGAUCGACAGUGACGAAGGAUCCAACGGAGGAGAUGGUGGAGAUGCAGAGUGA